UUGAAGAUUUCCCCAAGGAUCCUGUAAUGGAAGGCUUGAGAAAAUCCCUCAAAUCUUAUGGUACUCAGGCUAAGCAACAACCAGAGCACCUAGAAAGAGAAAAACAAGCUCUACUCCACCAUGGCAGCGAUUGUCACAUUGCCCAGUUCUCUGGUUCGUUUGGCCAGGAUGAGGAAGUUAUUGUCAACGUCGACAAUAUUGCUGAUGUUUCUGACAAAGAAACCACUAUUGCUUCAAAAUCCUGCAGUGGAAGUCCAAGCAGGAAAGCUACAGGGUCAGCAAAUAAAUUCAAAGUGUCGUUUGAGGACGUAAUUCAUGAAGCUGUCCGGGAAAGAAGCAAGGACUCGCACCAACCAUCUUUCAGUGCUCUUGAGCAAAAUUCAUGGAGGUUAGUCGUGAACAAGGCGAAGUCCAGAUUGAUAGACCAGCCUGAGGAGCACUAUCAAAGAACUGAGAGAACGGUGAACUCUGAUGGAGCUUUGGGUGAAGAAGAUGACGAUGAAGACAUCCCAGAAGAAUAUAGGAACAUAAAACAUAACACGUUGAUAAUGCUGCAAUGGGCGAGUCUUGUUUUAAUCAUAGCAGCUUUAGUUUGUAGUCUGUCCAUUCCUGUAUUAAAGAGGCAAACAUUGUGGGAUCUUUCACUAUGGAAAUGGGAGAUAAUGGUUUUGGCACUUAUCUCUGGUCGUUUGGUGUCUGGUUGGGGAAUUAAGCUUGUUGUUAUCUUCAUCGAAAGCAAUUUUCUUUUGCGGAAACGGGUUCUGUAUUUCGUUUAUGGGUUGAGGAGGGCCGUUCAGAAUUGCCUCUGGUUGGGUUUGGUCUUGCUUAUUUGGCACUUGACUUUUGAUGACAAGGUUGAGAAGAGCGAGAGCAAGAUAUUGCUUUAUGGGACCAAGAUUCUGGUGUGUUUCUUUAUAGGAACAUUAAUAUGGCUUUUAAAAACCCUCCUUGUUAAGGUUCUUGCUUCAUCCUUCCAUGUCAAUGCGUUCUUCGAACGAAUCCAGGAGGCUCUGUACAAUCAAUAUGUAAUCGAGUCACUCUCUGGUUCUCCAUUCCCUGAAUGGCGAAGCACCAAGGAAGAGGUAGGGGCGGUCACCGGGGUUCAGCAAAUAAGAAAUUCCGGGCCUGCCAGUCCCGGUCCUGGUGAUCUCAAGGAAACUCUCCUUGCAAAGGAAGGUAGUGGAAAGCUACAAAGAUGCACCACGGUUGGGAAGAAACCUAGAUUUUCUAACUCAACGCCUAACAAGAAAGAUGAAGAGAUUCCAAUUGACAAGAUGCAAAAGCUAAACCAUAUGAAUAUAUCAGCUUGGAAUAUGACGAGGAUGAUAAAUAUCAUCCGCCAUGGUGCCUUGUCUACUUUAGAUGAGCAUAUACUUGAUUCAGACAUCAAAGAUGACUCUUUACUGCAUAUCAGAAGUGAGUGCCAAGCAAAAGAGGCAGCCAAGAAAAUAUUUCAGAAGGUGGCUAAGACAGGAAGCCACCAGAUUUACCUUGAUGACAUGACUCGCUUUAUGAAUAAAGAAGCAGCAUUGAAGGCAAUGCAGCUCAUGGGAAUAACACGCGAGGAUGAAGGAAUAAAAAAGUCAUCUCUCAAGUCCUGGCUGGUUAACGCAUUCAGAGAGCGAAGAGCACUGGCAUUAUCUCUCAAUGACACAAAAACAGCGGUCGAUGAACUUCACAAUAUGUUGAGCAUCCUCGUCAGCGUCAUUAUUCUGAUAAUCUGGCUCAUUAUACUUGGAAUUCCUAUCUCUCACUUCCUAGUCUUGAUAAGUUCCCAGCUUCUGUUGGUGGUGUUCAUCUUCGGAAAUACCUGUAAGACCGUGUUUGAAGCAAUCAUAUUCUUGUUCAUAAUGCACCCAUUUGACGUGGGUGAUCGCUGCGAGAUCGAUGGAAUCCAGUUGAGGGUUGAAGAGAUGAAUAUAUUAACGACAGUGUUUUUGAGGAGCGAUAACCAGAAGAUCGUAUAUCCCAACAGUGUUCUAGCAAGCAAGCCUAUCGGUAACUUCUAUCGCAGUCCAGAUAUGACGGAGGCAAUUGAUUUCUCUGUCCAUAUCUCCACUCCGAUGGAGAAGAUUGCUAGUCUGAAAGAAAAAAUAAAAGGGUGUGUUGAAGGAAACAGUAAUCACUGGAAUCAAAAUUCAAUGGUGGUCGUGACGGAUAUUGAGGACAUGAACAAAAUGAAGAUGUCACUUUGGGUCACGCAUAGGAUGAACCAUCAGGAUAUGGAGGAGAGAUGGGCCAGGAGAAAUCUUCUCCUGGGAGAAAUGAUCAAAGUGUUCAAAGAGCUCGAUAUUGAAUAUCGCGUGCUGCCCUUGGAUGUGAAUAUCAGAAACAUGCCGCCUUUGGUCUCAAACAGGCUGCCCUCAAACUGGACCACUUGUGCCAAUUAAUCAAUAAUUGAAGAAAGACAACAUUGGAUUGAUGAGUUCCUAAGAGGAAAGAUGGGAUUCCGACUCAAGGUUUCAAUAAAGAUUGCCCCUACUCAAGGUAUGUGAACAGCAUAAGUAGCUGACUCCAUGUAAACUGAAUGUAAUCGAUGUAGUUUGUGAAUCAUUGCUUUGUGAUUAGACUAAAUAAAUGCGCAAUCUCAUGGAGGAACACCCCUGAUGUAAUGGCGAGGUUUCCAACUAUAAGAAUGGUGUCUUUCUGCCUAGCAAAUUGCGAAAAAGGCAAUGCUAAUACCUUAUCUGAUGAUAAUAUCAAUCAAACAGUUGAAUCUGCAAA